GAACUUGCAGGUCAUGAGGAGGGGGGGUGGGGCGGAGAAGGCACAUGUGCUUCCCCUCCCCCACCCCCAGCACUCACCAGGAGGAGACGCCAAGGGAGCUUCCGGUCGGGUGGGAGACAGGAAUCUCUGGAGUGGACCUCGCUCACCUGAGCAGCUGCUGGGGUUUCCAGCGGAGUGUUCUUCUGACCCUGCUGCCGGGCUCCCUCUCCCGCGCUGCCCCCGCUCCCGGCUCACCCUGCCUGAUUGGCUCGGGGCUGGCAGCUGCGGGCGCGGAGCUGAGCAAGUCCAGAGAAAUAGAGAAGUUGAUGGUCUGAGAGGCGCGUGGGCUGCGGAGGAACUGAAAGCACCUGGGGAUCCUGGGCCCCUCGUCUUGCAGCCCUGACGCCCGCCAGAGCCCGGAUCCUCCUUCCCCUGCCAGGAUGCUGCUCCCUCUGCUGCUCCUCCCCUGGGCAUGGGGGGCCCUGGCCUCCUCCCCUCCUGUCACUCCAGUGUCUGUCACCCUCCGGGUGCUCCACAUCGAUGUCUUCCACAACGCCAGCUCCACGGACAUGGCGGGGAUGGCCCUGCUGGGCGACCUGGAGACCCACUCCCUGGCCUGCAGCACCUGCGAGAUCCGCUUCCUGCAGUCCUGGGCCCGGCAGGGCCUGACUCCGAAGGAGUGGCAGGACCUGGAGCUGCUGAUCCAUUAUUACCUGUUCGACUUCAAUCGGACUGUGACCAGAAUAGCCCAGCAGCAGGGAAUAGGCUACCCCAUUCUUACCCAGGGCUCCCUCGGCUGCGAGCUGCACCCCAACGGCACCUCGAGGGGAUUCUAUGAUGUCGGACUGAACGGCGACGACUUCAUCAGCUUGGACGUGGAUGGAGGCACCUGGGUCGCUCGGUCGCAGGACAAGCUGGCUCUCUACGUCCGAGACCUUCUCAUCCAGAAUAAGGGCGCAACCAUCACGCUUCAGUUUCUCCUGAGAACAACGUGUGUCAAUGAGAUCAAGAGCUUUGUCCAGUACGGGAAAGAGUCUCUGGAGAGGCAAGAGCGGCCGGUCGCCGUGGUGUUUGCCCGAGCGCCUCCCCCAGCCGGGCCCCCCGCGCCGGUACUGCUGGUUUGCCGGGUCACCGGUUUCUACCCCCGGCCCGUCCGCGUGGCCUGGCUGCAGGACGGGGAGGAGGUGGUGCCGGGCUGGUGGCUGAACUCCAGCGGGAUCCUGCCCAACGCGGACCUGACCUACCAGCUGCGCAGCUCCCUGGGCGUGGAGCCGGGCGCCGGGCACAGCUACGCCUGCCGGGUGCAGCACAGCAGCCUGGGGGGCCAGAGCCUGCUGAUCCCCUGGGAGCAGAGCAGGCCCUGGGGCCCCGGCCUGGCCGUGGGCAUCACCCUGGGGGUUCUGGCCGUAGCCGCCGUGGCCGUGGUGCUGUGGCGGAGGAGACGCAGGGGCUACCAGGACGUUAGACCAGGGGAGUCCAGGCCCUGAGGGGGCGGCACCGGCCCAGGCGUGGGGACCAGCCCCUCCCCUGGGGACAUGGAACUCAGGGCUGGAUCGGUGCCGAGGGCCCCGAGGGCAGGACUGGAUCGGGGCCCUGGGAGAUUGGGGCCGGGGUGUGGGGUGGGAUUCUCCUCCCUCUGGGACGUUCGGGGCACGUUGGACACUUGGGGGCGCUGUGGGACCGCUGGGAUCCAGGAGCCCCCGGCGCUGUCCUGUCCUGUUCAAUACACCCUUCAGGGAGGGGCUGCCCAGCGGGCCCCCCCCCCCCGGGGCUGUAGGAGCCAGGCCUGCGUGCAGGGAUCAGGCCCAGCUACCUACACAAAGGUGUUGGUGUCACAGGUCUCAGCCCCCACUUGGAGCUGUUGGGUUCCAAUGUGGGGACCUGCACUGGUUUCCCUCUAAACUAAAAUCCUAGUUUAGAUCUGGUAAAGCUGCCACCACUCAAUCAGGAAAUGUGGAUUGAGACACAGUC